CAUAUUGCCCCCACAAUCCUCCGCGGCUGUGAGGGCGUUCUUGGGAGGUAAAAUUAGUCAACAUCGGAGGGUUUUAGACAUGAUAAAAGACAAUCAAAGGAAGCGUGACGGUGUCCUGGCCAGGAAGCCACAGGAGCAGGCGAGGCUGAAAUGCCUGUUUGCAGGGAGCAAGGGGGGGCGUCUGAAGCCCCCCCAGGAGGCACCAAGGCCCCCGCUAGAGGGCCCAGCCUGGGGUCUUGCCCUGACCCUCCUGGGACAGUGCAGGGACGGGAUUGCCCCAGGGCCCUGGCCGCACCUGCAGCCCCUGUGCCAGCCACCGAGACCCCCAGGCCCUGCCCGCCAGCCCACACCCAGGGGAGGGCGGGUGCCCUGCAACCCCAGGUCCUCCAGCUGUGGCCCCCUACUGCGGGCAUCACCGUGGUCCCACCCUGGGGCACCUGGAGCUGCCCCCAACGAGCCCCAAGUCAUCUGGCAGCCCCCACGGUCUCCCGGGGGUCAGUCCUGGACAAGCCCGGGGUCAAGGGCGGAGGCAGCUGCAGAGGCCCGGGACCGCCCUGCCUGGUUCCCGAGGCCGAGGCCAAAAUUCCUAAGAUUCUGCACGUGUUGAGUCAAUAAGCCUUAUCUCAGGUCGCCCUGCACCGCAUCCCUCCACUAUCACGCAUAUUUCCACGUCUUAACCCGCUCCCCACGGCCAGCCGCCCUCAGGGCAGUGGGCGCUUUGCAGACCUGGAGACGGACGCACAGAGAGGUCCAGCGUGAUUGCCGAGGUCACACAGCCCGUGGGGAGUCAGGAUUGGAACCCGGGCUCCGCGGUCGUAGGAUCUUACAGACCCCACGCACCGGCGUUCCCUGAGUCUAGGUUCUCGGCAGAGUUUCUCCAAUUACAAGAUUCUAAGCUUCUGGAACCCCAGGAUUUUGAAUUCUGGGAUGUCCGAGUCUGGAUUUCCUGGGUUCUGGGAGGCUGCCGUCUAGACCAGGGGUUGUCAGCAACUUAUUUUCUGUAAAAGACCAAAAAGCCAGUGCUUUCCGGUUUGCAGCCCAGAGACGACUCAGUCCAGCUGUAAAUGAGUGGGCACAGCUGCGCCAAUAAAGCUUUGUCUAGACACUGAAAUCUGAAUAUUAUAUGAUUUCCACGUGUCGGGAAAGAGUCGUCUUUUGAUUUUUUUCACUUUUUAGCUCACGGGCCACACCAAAAAAAAACGAGGCAGUAUGUGGAUUUGGCCCACGGUCCAGAACACGCCGGCCGAUAGAAACACAGGACGAACCUCACCGUAAU